GGAAUUUGGCUUCAGUUCCACUUUGUUCUUAAUAAAGAAAUAUAAAGGGAAAUAAAUAAAUAUAUAUUUAUAUUUAUAGAGAGAGGAAGACAUGGUUGACUUGUACAAAUAUGCCUGGCAUGGAUCUGAGCAUUCUGACUGUUCAGUGUCCAUCAGAGGGAAAGCCUGACAGAAGAAACCAUCCUCUGGUUUGUAGCACCGAUCUGAAGGUCUAAACAGUUUGUGUGCAGAGUGUGUGGGGUCUGCAGAGAUGUUAGCUGCCCUUCCCUUGACCCUAGACCUGUAAAAGUCCUGGAAGCAGGGAAGGUCGGUCCUGAUGAUUCUUUCUGCAGACCUGAUUGUUCGUUGCAGUCUGGACCUGUCCUGUUUUGUGGAUGAUCCAAACCACACUGAGAUGGAUGAAGACAGGACAGACUGAAUGAUGGCAGUGGAGAAGAUGACCAGCAGCUCCUGUGGAAGGUUGAACUUCUUGAGUUGCCUCAGGAAGUACAGUCUCUGCUGGACCUUCUUCUGAACACUGUCUAUGUGUGAAGACCAUCUCAGGUCUUCAAUUCAUCAGACAUAAGCGAUAAUACCCAGCAAGUAAAACCUGUUUGCAGGUGAGUGUUUAAUAGCAGAGAGCUUUGACACAAAGCAGAGUAGUUAAAACGGAUGCAGUCUAAUGAGAAAAUGAUCUAAACAUGAGGAGAAAUGUCUGCUCAUUUAAUCACGUUUUCUUCCUCUGGGUCUCUGCUUUAUGUCUGUUUGCAGCGUUCUGAUUCAAGCUUCUGCUUAUCUUGACACUUGUGUUCAUUCUUGGGCUGCAAAGUGAUGCAGCUGUUAGCGCUGUUGCCGUGCAGAGAGAAUUUGCAUGUUCUCAUUGUGCAUGCAUUCAUUAGUGGGUAUAGACAAAUAGAUUGAUGAAUGGUUGAUUCUUUCUGGCCCACUUUCUGCUUCUUUUAGGACUGCUUACACAUGCAUUUAGUGUGUAUUUAAUUAGUUUUAUUCAUCAUGUGGUUCUGUUCUCUGGCUUUUGUCUUAAUAUUGUGUUUGAUUCAAUUCAUUUGGAUGAUGUUUUCUUUUACAUCAGCUUUUCUCUGGUUAUUUUGGACCUUUUCCACUCUGUGUGAUCAUGUGGUGUCCUUUCAGUUCAUAUCUUCAGUUUUAAAAAAUCGUGUGCCUGUUUUUGAUCCUUUCAGUCCACUCGGUGGUUCUGUGUUCAUUCUCACUCAGUCUGUAUGUGUGGCCCCGAUCCAGGAGCCCCUUUACCUCUGAGGGCCCAGCUAGAGUACCUGGUGUUUCACACGCAGCGCUCUGUCUCCCUCUGCUGGUCAGUUGCUGUACAGCAGUAUUAAAUCGGUUCAGGUUCGGCUUUCAGGAGAAACUGGACGAGUGAAAUCUGAAACCAGUUCUUCAGAACUCUUAGAUUAUGAACUGUUCAGAUGAGUCGUUCAGUUUUAGUCUUUUAGACUGGUUCAGUUUUACGCUGAACCAGUCCUCACUCUGAGCAGCAGGGGGCAGUAAUGCACCAGUAACCUGAAUGAUAAUCAGGAGAACCGGUGGUUCUUCCGGGAGCAGAUCUUCAUGUUUAUUGUAGGAUCUGAACCGUCUGAACUGGACCGGUAUCAUUCGAAGAUGACCGACCUGCAGCUGCUCAGGACGCUGGUGACGGAGAGGCUGACUGCGGCUGCAGAGAAGAUCCUGGUUCUGGUCCAGAAGGUUCUUUUGGAGCAGCAGCACGAGCUUCUGCGGCGCGGAGAGGCUGAAGCUUCAGAACUUUGCACCAUCAAACAGGAAGUGAAGGAUGAAAAGCUAGAAGAGCAUCUCCAGGAUGAAGCUGUUCCUGCAGGAGAAGACACCAUGGAGAUCAAGAAUGAGCAGCUCAUGAUCAACCUUGAGGCAUUGAAGGUGGAGCUGAAGAAGGAGGAUGUCCAGCCAAGUACUUCCUGUGAGCUAUCAGAAUCUCCACCCAUUCUAAAAGAAGACUCCAGCAGUGGUUCCAUUUCUUGCAGGGUCUGUGGGAUGGUGUUCAGCUACCAUGGUUCUCUGAGGAACCAUGCUGAGAUCCAUGCUGAUGAUGAGCACUGCAUCUGCGGCGUCUGCGGUGAGCUGCAGGUUGACAAGCAGAUGCUGCUGCAGCACCUGGAGACGCACCUCAAGAUCCACAUCUGCAAGUUCUGCGGGAAAACUUUCAGACGCCGCCUGGACCUGGACGUGCAUGCGCGCUCGCACACCGGCGAGAAGCCGUUCGUCUGCAGGAUCUGCGGGAAGUGCUUCAGCCGCAAGAGCAACGUGGAGAUCCACAUGAGGACGCACACGGGCGACAAGCCGCACCGCCGCGAAGUUUGUGGGAAGUGCUUCAACACCUCGUCCAUGAUCCGCCACCUGAGGACGCACUCCGGAGAGAAACCCUUCAGCUGCCACGUCUGCCACAAGGCCUUCACCGCCAGCUCGGACAUGAAGAUCCACAUGAGGAAGCACACGGGCGAGAGGCCGUACAGAUGCCCGAUCUGCGGGGAGUCCUUCACGCUCAGCACGCCGCUCAAAACACCACAUGAAGCAUCACACGGAGAAGCGGCCAUACUGCUGCGGCCGCUGCGACAGAGUCUUCAAAGAUGUUUACUCACUGCGGCGUCACAUGAAGAUGCAUGACUUCCAGAAGAAGACAACCUGAUGCCAAGGCAAGAAAUGGAGGCAGAAGAUCCAGUACAACUGCAAACAGAACCAUUAAACUCAACAUCAACUUUAUGUCUUCGCUGGAAGGUCCGAUAAGGACAAGACACCGUUUUUAUAUUUAAUGAUUCUCACUGUAAGCUGCAGCUUCUUUUAACUGAUUACAAUAAAAUCAAAGUGUAAAAAGA